AUGAACUACCGUUCCGCUAACUUGCGGAAAAUUAUUGUCUACUCUGCUGUGGUGAUAGUCUUCAUUUACAAUCUGUUCCCAGUUGUUUCGGUUCUCUAUGAUGAUCCCACAUACUUCCCUAAUGAUGUCAGUAAACUUGAACAUACUGCACCAAAUGUUACUAGGUUCUUCUUGCCCAACAUUGCUAUCGUUGUGGUCGUAACGGAGAACACCAAAAUGGAGACGUAUGCUAAAGCUAUAAUUAGCGUCUCAUGCUACGCGAAAGUUCAGAACUACAGCUUUCGUAUUCUCAACUCUGGACAGUAUCGACAUAACUGUACCCAAAAAGACAAGUUCCUUCAACGUCAUUGCAUUGUUGCAAAUACAUUAGAUUCAUUCGACUACAUUCUAUUUAUAGAUGCUGAUAUGGGUGUUGUUAAUCCAGAAAGGCGUAUUGAAGAGUAUUUGGAUUCUAAGGCUGAUAUUAUCUUUUACGAUCGUUUUUACAACUGGGAAAUAGCUGCAGGUUCUUACUUGGUGAAAAAUACUGAAUGGUCGCAAAAGUUUCUUCAUGGCUUUGCAAACUAUGAACAACGAUUACCGAAAAGUUUUCAUGGGACAGACAACGGAGCUCUGCACGUAUAUAUUGCUGAGCUACUUUUACCAAAAAAUCAUACUGGUUUGCGUCUAUGCGUGGAGAUAUACGCCAAAUCCAAAGGCUACGGAGAUCUUUUCUUGUACGAAGCGUGCAUUAGACAUAUUAUCGGUGAUCAUCUGUACUACGGAAAGAUCAAAAUUCUUCCAAAGGGCGUCGCAUGGACACGUGACAACUGGAUUACGAAUAGUUUCUGGAAUAAGGAACGCGAUUUCUUCAUUCAUGGAUGGAAAGACAAACAACUACAGGCUUACAGUAGCAUUCCAGUGUUAUCUGUUUCACCGUCAAGAGGAAAAUGGUAUAACCCUUUGUCAGGACCAAUUCAUCUCUCCCUCUGCUCAAAUAGGAACACAACUUGGAGAUAUGAUAAAAAUCUGAUUGCAUCAAAAAAUGACAUUAACAAAGUUCUGCGUGAAUUUGCUGAGAAGGUAAAUCAGAAGAAACUUGCAACGCUUCAGAACCUCUAUGAAGUUGCACGAAAGUCAAAUAGAACAAAAGUUGACAACAAUUUCUUUCCACCAAAGAACACUAGCCUUAAAGGCAUUACUCCACGAAUCUGA